AGGUUGAUCAAGCUACAGAGCUGGAAUAUGGUGGUGAGAUGGACUUCCCAUCAAACAUGGGAUUGAGAUUACAAAACCAACAGCUCCUCAGAAACCCACAUUUAUUUUAUGUAGUAGAUCGAAUUUAAUAUUUUUCAAGAAUCUUGGGGGGCAUCUCCCUGUCUCUUGAAGCAAAUUUGCUUAGCCUUCUCUGUCAAUACCCUUGGAAAAGCAGACCCAAAACCCCAUUUCUUGUUCUUUGCUAGAUUUCGGUAAUUUGGUCUGUCGUUGGAACAAGUCGCCCGUUUAUUUAGCCGUAUCAAUGAAGACUUGGAAGUGGGUUUUUGUGGGGCUUUUCUACUUUACCGUCUUUGUUACAUGGAUUGAUGCUUUUAAGCUGGGUCGUAGUCAACCUACUGAGAGAAUUUCAGGAAGUGCUGGUGAUGUAUUGGAAGAUGAUCCAGUGGGAAGGCUGAAAGUUUUUGUCUAUGAAUUGCCAAGCAAAUACAACAAGAAGAUCCUGCAAAAGGACUCAAGAUGCCUCAAUCAUAUGUUUGCCGCUGAGAUCUUUAUGCAUCGAUUUCUCUUGUCUAGCCCUGUUCGAACCCUCAAUCCUGAGGAAGCUGAUUGGUUUUAUACCCCUGUCUACACUACUUGUGACCUGACACCAAAUGGCCUCCCUUUACCUUUUAAAUCACCUAGAAUGAUGAGAAGUGCAAUCCAGCUUAUCUCUUCGAACUGGCCUUAUUGGAAUCGCACGGAAGGGGCCGAUCACUUUUUUGUAGUGCCCCAUGACUUCGGUGCUUGCUUCCAUUAUCAAGAAGAGAAGGCUAUUGAGAGAGGGAUCCUUCAUAUGCUUCAACGUGCUACCUUGGUUCAGACUUUUGGACAGCGGAAUCACGUUUGCUUGAAAGAAGGAUCAAUUAUCAUUCCUCCGUAUGCUCCUCCACAGAAAAUGCAAACCCACCUAAUUCCCGAAAAAACCCCUAGGUCCAUCUUUGUUUACUUCAGAGGAUUGUUUUAUGAUGUGGGGAAUGAUCCUGAAGGUGGUUAUUAUGCAAGAGGAGCACGAGCUGCCGUGUGGGAGAACUUUAAGGACAAUCCGCUUUUUGACAUCUCCACAGAACACCCGACAACAUACUACGAGGACAUGCAAAGAGCUGUGUUUUGUUUGUGUCCGCUUGGCUGGGCCCCUUGGAGUCCGAGAUUGGUUGAGGCAGUGAUAUUUGGUUGUAUCCCCGUGAUUAUAGCAGAUGACAUUGUUUUACCUUUCGCUGAUGCAAUCCCAUGGGAAGAAAUUGGCGUUUAUGUGGAUGAGAAGGAUGUUCCCAACUUGGACACCAUACUCACUUCAAUCCCGCCGGAGACAAUAUUGCGAAAGCAGAGAUUGCUUGCCAAUCCCUCAAUGAAACAGGCCAUGUUGUUCCCACAACCGGCUCAGCCAGGAGAUGCUUUCCAUCAAGUUCUGAAUGGACUUGCUCGCAAGUUGCCUCACGACAAGAGUAUUUACUUGAAACAUGGCGAGAAGGUCUUGAACUGGACUGCAGGGCCGGUCGGGGACCUCAAACCUUGGUAGCAGCUGUAACAUCCGCUAUUGACAGCAUCCUACAUGGUCAUGCUUCCAAACUCAAUGGAGUUUUGUCAAUCAAACAUGUAAAUUUUGAUUUAGGCAGAAUCUGUUGGAUUGUAGAUCGCCUUUGUGAUGCUUUAGGCUUGUGGGCCAUUCCUGAACUGAGUAAUUCUUACUGUCGAAGUGGACUGCUCUGUGUUUCAACUGAUUUGGCUUAUAUCAUAGUAGAAUGCUAUAUUCUGAUUU